AUGGCUUUUGUGCCUGACGAGGAGACGGUGGACGGAGAUCCUCUGACUGCUAGGGACGCCCUUGCUGCCGGUGACGGUUUCGAAGACGCUGUGUGCCCUCUGGCCGUGCUCCGAUGCGGUGUGGACGAUGCAGGCCAGGAGGUCUUAGUGCAGGGGCUUCUGGUCAAAGAGGUCGAAGGCAGGCUUGUGCUGGCAAUCCCGGCCAGCGCUUGGCACAAGAAGGUGAACAGGCGCACUUUGCCGAAAGGCUUUAUGACGAAGGUGGGCGCAGCGGAGGUGUUGGCCUGUGCUGCUUCUUCCCGGAGCGUGCCCGAGGACGAUGCUCCUUCUGUUGCUUUCGGUGCUCUUCCGAACGGCGAGGUCGCAGCCGUCUCCGACCACUACACUUUUGCCUCCGCCGAGAGCGGCCAGCCGGCCGUGCACAAAGAUGCUCUGAGCGCCAGGCUCGACCGACUCGAGCGGCUGUUGGGCGCUGCAAUUCUUUCAGGCUCCCAGGCAGGCCGGGUAGGUGCAAAGGCAAAGGCGAAGGUCUCAGCGAAGGCUGUUGCUCGGGCUGCCGCCCCGACGGGCUCAGUCGACCCUGCCGUGCUGCUCGCCGCCCGGGCUGCUGGUGUUCCCGACGGCACCUUGUCCGAGUUCCAAAGGCUUUUGGGGUCCUCCGCUGUCGGGCGAAUGCAGCCCGAACCUUUCACGACAGCCCGGCCCAACCCACUGCAGGAGUCGGAGGACGAAGCCGAGGAGGGCGUACUUCCGCAGGAGGUCGCCGAAGGAGGUGUUGGUGCGCUCCGGCCGCCCGCGGGCGAGCAUGCAUCCCAAGGUUCCCAGGCAGAGGCUUUCGCUGCGGCCAUGUUCAGGAUGAUGGAGGGCUACUCGAGGAGCCAAGCUGCGAGGACCUCUCCUCUCGAACGGGCUUUGGAAGGCGCAGGGUCUGGGUCAGCCGAUCCUUCAGGGAUGCCCUCUACGCGGCGCAACGCCAGCGCCCGGCGUGCUCUCAGGGAAGCCCUCAUAAGCAGCCCUGCCGACGUUGCAGUGAUCGUGGAUCGCUUGAUGAUCGAAGAUCUGACCUGCUCAGCGCCGGGCGCCGGGCUCGAACAACAGACCUCGGCCCGAGCCUGGGUCGAGCACAAGUCGAGGAUAGGGGGGUAUCCAACCGCAAUGCACAUGGCUUGGGGAGCCGCGGGUGCCUUAGACGCUCUGAAGGCCGGGCUCAUAGACCAAGCCCGAGCGAGGCUCUUUCUGAUGAUCCUGCAGUUAGAUCAAAUGAGCUGCGACAAGGGCAGCUGGGUGCUCGCGUCGGAACUUUCGCUGGAACUUGCUCCUCCUGCCCAUGUGUUCCGCCAGAGAGAUCAGAGCUCGAGCGCGUCUCAGGUUUAUUCGCGGAUCUUAGAUCCGAGGUGGGCAGAAAUCUCCCUGACCCACUUGCGGGAACAGAUGGACUUCAGCGAGAGACGCCUCAAGCUCAACAAGGGCCAGCCGGCCGGUGCUACGAGCGGAGACCAGACAGCGGACCCGCCUCCCGAGGGGGGGCAAGCAAGCACCGCCGCUCGACCGCCCAGGGCCCGCUGCCUACCGCAGCAG